GUUCGUGUACGGCACAUGGAGUAUCUGGUUUUCCCGCCAACAUCGAUAUGUACCUUCCCUCCACAGUUCCAACAUCACGCUGAAUGGAAAAUCAUCAUUAAAAUGGCGAAAAGAAAGGGAUCAAAGAUACUUGAAGACGAAGAAACAUCUGACAACACUAAUGGACGAAAAAGGACACGCCUUUCAUCGGGCAACCAGGAUUUAUCUACCCACGCGGAUCCUAUCGAUAUCCCCCAACACUCGGGCAAUGACAUCGACAACAAUCAUGCAGCAGAACAGAUGGUUUUAGAUCAGACAACGUCCGAAAUUGAUUGCUCACAAAGACCAGAUUUUGAAGUUCAGAAUGAAGCAGAAGUUGGCAUAAUAGAGAGGAUCACACUACAGAAUUUUAUGUGCCACAAGUUCUUAGAGAUUAAUUUUGGGCCAAAUGUCAACUUUAUUAUAGGCAAAAAUGGAAGUGGGAAGUCAGCAAUAAUGACAGGAAUGAUAGUGGGCCUUGGUGGAAAAGCAGCAACAACAAGCAGAGGAAGCUCGUUAAAAGGAUUUAUAAAAGAUGAAUGUCAUUCUGCAGUAGUGACUGUCAAAUUAAGAAACAGAGGUACUGAUGCAUAUUUGCCAGGUGAAUAUGGUGACUCAAUAACUGUCGAGAGAAGGAUCAAUCAAGAUGGUGUCAGCUCAUACAAAUUGAAGUCCCAAGAAGGAAAAGUUAUUUCAACAAAGAAAGAAGAUCUUGUUACUAUCUUGGAUCAAUACAACAUUCAGAUUGAUAAUCCAGUUUCCAUUCUCAAUCAAGACACUAGCAGAUGUUUUCUGAAUUCAUCUGAUCCUAAAGAUAAAUACAAGUUCUUCUUGAAAGCAACACAACUCGAACAGAUGAGCAACCAUUAUCAACAAAUAGUAGAGCGGAAGGAAACAAUAAAAGACAUUCUCAACAAAAAGAAAGAGAUUCUUCCAGAAAUGCAGGCAACUGUGAAAGAACUAGAAGAGAAGUAUAAAGAUAUAGCUCAGCUAAAGGAGAUUAGAGAGCGAAUCAAGUCUUUAAGAGAAGAAUUAUUAUGGGCUCAUGUCAGAGAUAAAAAGGGGGAACUAAUGGAAUCAAAGAAAAGCUUGCAGCGGGAAGAAGCAAGAGUUCCAAAGCACGAUGAAAAAAUUGAAGAGCAAAAGACACUACUUGAGAACUUGAAUAAAGAGCAUGAAGAAAAGGACAAGAAGUUUAAAUUGGUCGUUGAACAAGUAGAAGCUCUAAGUGAGACCGGAAGAGAAGCAGCCACAAUGCUAAAAAAGAUGAAGACUGAAUUCAGAAUCAAUCAGGAGAAAGUACGGAAAAAAGAAAGAGAAAUAGCAAUUUCAAGCAAAGAGAGAAAGCAGCUUACGGACAGAAUUGCAGAAUUGAAACAAAUAGCAAUUCAAGAUCAUCAAGCCGAGAGAGAGGCAAAAGAAGCAGAGCUUAAUGACAAAAAAUUUAAGAAACAAGAGGCUGAAUCAAAAUUGAAAAUGUCGUUGCACUUGAAAAGUCAACUCGAGAUGUCAAUUAAAAAGACACAGGAACAAGCUUAUAAACUUGGGCAGGAAGAAACUUCUAUUAAACGAAAAGUCGACAAUGCUGAACGACAAGUCUCAAGAUUGCAGAGGAGUAGAGAGAACAGACUGAAUAUAUUUGGGUCAUUUGUCCCCACUGUUAUUGAAAAGAUAAAUGCUCUUGCAAAGGCUGGAAAGUUUCAUCGCACACCCAUUGGUCCACUUGGUGCUCACAUAAGCUUGAAAGAUAAGAAAUGGAAUGUUGGUGUGGAGAAAUGCCUUGGUAACAGACUCAUGCUGGCAUUUUGCUGCCAUGAUCUGCAUGAUAUGAAUGUUUUGAAUGGUGUCUUCAAAGAUCAUUGGACCGGACCGAAUCCAUCUAUUAUUGUAUCCAGAUUUCAGGAGCAAUUAUAUGAUGUCUCUCAAAAGAGAUCGCAAAGUAAGUUCCCUGCAGUACUGGACAUGUUGGAGAUUCCGAACCCAAUAGUGGCCAAUACUUUAAUUGAUCAGGCACGAGUGGAAUCAGUAUUGUUGAUUGAGAAAAGUGCUGAUGCAAAGGAGGAAAUAUGGAAAAGAAGACCGUACGGAGCUCACAGGGCUUAUACGAUUGUUGGAGAUGAGGUUAUUGGUGGCCGAACUCAGAAAUAUUAUUCCAAUAGCUACCAGAAUGCUAAAUUUUUGACAACAAGUAUUGAGCACGACAUCAAACAAUUUGAAAAAGAGGCUCAACAGGAACGGCAGCAGCUGCAGGAUUUGAGAAAUAAAAGAACUGAAAUGGACAGGAACAUUAGGAGUUCCCAGCAAGAGCUGCAAAAUGUGAAAUCAAAAUCAAACAAAGAGCAGGACCUGAUAAACAGGCUGAACUUGGAUAUCCAGGAUUUGUUAUCUACUGCUGAGGAGAAUCAGCUGCCUGACUUGACUGCAUUGGAAGAGGAUUUAGAAGAGUAUGAAGUAAAGAUUGCAGACCUACAAAGAGAGGUUGAGUCUGAUAACCAAGAAUUGCAAGUGCAAAAAGAGGCAUUGCAAAAGCAACAAGAUAAAGAUAAUGAGAUAAGCCGUCAAAAAGAUGAAUUGGCAAGAUCGAUUGAGCCAUUCAUGGAAGAGUUUGGCUCGUUGGAAGAAAGAAUUGGCCAGUGCAAAUCAGACAAAAAAUUUUAUGAAAGAAAGAAAGCCGAGCUCAUGGCUAAGAUUGAAGAAGUAAGGAAAAAAGUGACAAAAAUUGAUGACGAAUAUCAGGACAUGUACGACAAAGUUAAAGAUGGCUCUGAAAUUGAGACAACAAGAACAGUAAAAAAUUUGGAAAGCGAGAUAGCAAACACCGAAAAGAGAGUUCAGAGAGAAGAGCAAAACCGUGGAAAUGCUGAAGAGGUGACCAAACGAUACCACGAGGCAUACAACAAAUAUAAAGAAGUCUGUGAAAGAUUUGCUAGUUUUAAAAAGUUCCACAAGAUGCUGGAAAAAGUAAUACUGCGUAGGGCACGGCAAUUUGACGAUUUUAGACGGUACAUUGUGAUUAGAGCGAAGCAAUACUUUACAAUGACCCUCUCUCAAAGAGGCUAUUCUGGGAAGCUCAAAAUCGACCACGAUAAAGAAAUGCUAUCGAUUCAGGUGAAUGUGGAACAAGCCAAAGGAACUGCUUCCAAAGACACAAAGUCUCUGUCUGGAGGUGAACGGUCCUUUUCCACUGUUUGCUUCAUAAUGGCACUCUGGGAGGCAAUGGAAUCACCCUUUCGAGUCCUUGAUGAAUUUGAUGUUUUCAUGGACAUGGUGAAUCGACGUAUAUCAAUGGAAAUGCUCCUGAAAAUUGCAAAAGAGCAAAACAACAGACAGUUUCUGCUUCUUACACCACAAGAUAUGAGCAACGUUUCUGCUGGUAACAAUGUGCGAAUCUUCAAAAUGCGUGACCCAGAGCGGGGCCAGACAGUCCUUCCAUUCAGACCUGCAAGUCAGACCUAACAUGAAGGAAUCCUUUGACUUAAUUACUAAAUAGAGAUUGUGCGUUUACUUAUGUUUUUAUAAAUAGCAACUUAAAAUCUUCAUAAUUUCACUAGUUGGUUCUGUUGAUCAUAUGGUAAUGAUUCAAAAACACUUUGAAGCUUAAUUAUAUCAUAUAAGAAUGUAUGCUGUCUCAAUUUUUUAACCCACUUAAUUGUGCUGUGAUCAACUAUUUCCUGUUGGACAUGAGGUACCCCUGUCAAUGCUGGCACUGCAGAAGUAAAAAAGGGUGUCCCUAUUUAAAACAAAUAUUUAUAUCUCUUCAACAAAUUUCAUGUGCCAAAAUUCUUUCACUCUUAUCUCAUUUCCAUCAGGUCUUUCAUUACAGCAGAGUUUUCAUUAAGUAAUUCUUAUGUGGCCAACUUUGUACAAGUAAAUCUUUUUAUGUUGUAAAUACAUUACACUUUAGCUUUGUUUUAAAUAUGUAUUUCCAACUUUGAUAAUUAAAGUUGAUUUCAUCACUUUGUAAGGAGUCUGUAUGGUUUUGUUUUAUUUAUAACAAGGUUACACAAUGUUUUGUAACCUGUUAAUCAAG